AUGGAUACGGACUGACUUUUCUGUGCCUUCGACAAGUCCAAAAGCAUGCAAGUUUAUGGCAGGUUGUGGAAAACAUGUAAGCAGGAUUAUCUCGGCAUCUGAUCUUCUGGACGAUGCUACGCAAGGCACAUUUAUUCCAUAACAGAGCGGACGAUGAGAAUGUGGACUCCGGAGCCGAGACGGCAGAGUCGGACUACAGCAAACUGUCAUCCAGCUGCGGUGAGCUGAUGGCAGUGCCGUCUCCGGAGCUCCCCCCGGUCACCAUGCACCUGCUGGCCAACCCUGGCGACUCGCUGCUGCUGCAGUACACGCUGGACCGCCUGCUCAAGUGGGUGAGCCCGGGCAUGCGCCUCUUCCACGUGUCGGAGCGCGCCAGCCCGCUGCGGGGCUACGCCCGGCCGCACCUGUGCCCGUCCGCCGGCUACCCGGCGCUGGCCAUCACCCUGUUCCUGCACGAGGCGUACGGCGAGGAGCGCAUCCUGCGCGUGCUGGACUUCCUGCAGCGCCCGCCCUGGCAGUACCACCACACGGAGAGCGGCGGGCCGCGCGCCUCGGCCGGCAUCCACAUCACGUCCAGCACCACGCCCAGCAACGCCCUGCUCAGGCCGUACCUGCUGCCCAGCCGUGACUUCUACAGCCUGGGCGCGGGGAUGCCCGUGUGGGGGGUGCGCCCGGUGCACUGCGGGGGCGAGGUGGUGCGCCUCACCCUCCACAGCGCCUACGACAACUACGAGGACGCCGUGCGGCUCUACGAGACGGUGCUGGGCCGCCGGGCCGAGGAGCAGAAGGCCGGCUUCUGCUGGUUCACGCUGGACGGGCCCGGGCCGCACCCGGCGCGCGAGUACCGGGGCGAGUACGCGCCGCAGCUGCCCCCGUCGCGCGGCGUCACCCUCCAGCUGGCGCUGAAGCAGCUGCAGCCGGGCGUCCGCGUGCAGCCCUGCGGCUCGGCCGUGCUCCAGUUCCGCGCCGGCGAGAUCGGGCAGCUGGUGCCGCUGCUGCCCAACCCCUGCUCGCCCAUCAGCGCCACCCGCUGGCAGACCGAGGACCUGGACGGCAACAAGAUCCUCUUUCAGGUCAGGGUGCCAUGCUUGCGUUGGGCUGUUUGUCUAAGAGCUAAACUCAGUCAUAAGUUAUAAAUCACAAAGAAACUGUAAAUUAUGAUUUUUAGAGUAUUGUCGUCAGGGUGGUCAGGGUGCCAUGCUUACGUUGGGCUGUUCGUCUAUGGCUAAACUCAGUUAUAAGUUAUAAAUCACAAAGAAACUGUAAAUGAUGAUUUUUAGAGUAUUGUCGUCUAUUUGACAUUGUACA